AUGAUACAUGCAUUACACUUUUCCACUGUCACACUUAAUCCUAUUCUUCUAUUUUGUCUUACAGGAUGGCCAUUUGGAAACACGGUCUGUAAGAUGAGUGGCAUGGUUCAAGGAAUAUCUGUCUCUGCUUCAGUGUUUACACUGGUCGCCAUUGCAGUUGAUAGAUUUCGAUGCAUUGUGUACCCAUUUAAGCAAAAACUUACCAUCUCAACUGCUACACUGAUCAUUGCCGUGAUCUGGGUCUUAGCAAUUGCAAUUAUGUGUCCAUCUGCAGUCAUGCUGCAGGUCACAGAGGACCAGCAUUUUCUAGUGCUUCUUAAUGAUGGUAACAAAACAAGUCCUGUGUACUGGUGCAGGGAGGACUGGCCUGAUAAGGAAAUGCGAACAAUAUAUACAACAGUACUGUUUGCUAACAUUUACCUAGCUCCUCUGUCACUCAUCGUCAUCAUGUAUGCAAGGAUUGGGAUUACUCUUUUCAAGACUUCAGUGACUUUUGGGGAGAAAGCAGGCCAUGAAAACCAGCAUAGUGUAUCACGAAAAAAACAAAAAGUGAUUAAAAUGCUUGUAAUUGUUGCUUCACUAUUUAUUUUAUCUUGGCUGCCUUUGUGGACUUUGAUGAUGCUUAGUGAUUAUGCCAUCCUUUCAGAUAUGCAAAUACGAAUUAUUAACAUUUAUAUAUACCCUUUUGCUCAUUGGCUAGCAUUUUUUAACAGCAGUGUUAACCCUAUAAUAUAUGGCUAUUUCAAUGAAAACUUCCGACGAGGUUUUCAGGCAGCUUUUAAAUUUCAGCUUUGCUCAGGAGAGAUUGAGCGUGGAAAAGCAUAUUCACAUCGACUGCAGGGCAAUGCUGUUUCUCCAGCAGGUAACUUGACAAUCAGAGAACCUGUCACUCAAGUUAGUGUGAAUGAGGGACCUCUUUGCUUUGAAAGACAUAGAGAAAAAUAUGAACAAGAUCUUGUUAUGGAAGAUUUAGAGAAAGUCUCUAAUAACAAUGGGGUGAGAAAGGAUAUGCCAUAAAAUAUUGGUAGAUCCAUUAGGAAUUAUCUCUCUGUCAUAUCCACAAAUAUAAUUGUACGUAUUCAUAUUGUAAUAUUCAUGAAAUGAUAAUUUUUUUAUGAGUCUCAGUAGUGUAUAUUUUAACUGAGGUACAACACAGAAUAAAUAUUUCAGUGUAUAUAAGCAUCUCAGUAUUAUUUUCAAUCUUGAGAAUUUUCAGAGAACUGUAUAGGUUAAGACAGUUACUUAUACAGUUACUAAAGUCCACUAAAGAUGUAAACUUUAAUGUAUAUAAAUUUCUAGGAAUUAGUAACCACAAGCCACAUGAACACGUAGCACCAAACCACAAAAAAUAAAAUCCACUGUUGGCACAAUAAAGGUUGUCCUCCAACACCACAAUAUUAAAGAAAGGCGAACUCUUCCAAAAUAAAACCAAAGCUCUAUUUCCACAUAAAGCAACCAGAUUGAGCACGCUUUCGUCUCGAAUCGCGAGACUUCAUCAGAAUCUGAAGUUACAAGUAAUUCACUUUCUUUAAAUAUACUCCCAAAGAAUCAAUGAUUCAAUUAAUAAAUCAAUGAUGUUGUUAAUCAAUCCAAAUCAAAUAAAUUAACAAUGUAACAAAAUGUUACCGUGCCACAUAUGGAAGACAUUGCAAAGGAGGGCGCGAGCCUAUAUGCGGCACGGUAACAUUUUGUUACAUUGUUAAUUUCUAGGAAUUUCUUUACUUUAAAAAAAUUUCAGUGGAUUAUAUGGGUUAAGUAAAGUAAAAAUAAUUACCUAUACAGUUAAUCAAAUAAAUAUAAAUAAAUUAAAAAAAAUUAAACACUGCAAGAAAGAAUUAGGAUUUGCAUUACCUCAGUCCGCCUAAAAAUGGAAUAGCUUAUAUAUGUUUUAUGAAUUCACUUUUUAUUUUAUAUUUAUUGUCUUUUCCCAGGAUUCAUAAACACAGCAGAAGCAGUCAUUGCCAGCCCUCCACUGUUUACCUUGUUUGCACACUAAGGUCCAGAGCUCAUUGACAAUUAAUGUCACAGAAGGUGGGCUUAUUAAAUAUUUUACUUGUGGCUGCACAUAAUCCAAGGUAACAAGAUAUACAGCUGCAUGGAAAGAUAAAAAGAAUGUAAAGAAUAUACCUCAUUCAAUAAAGGUGUUUAGAAAAAGAGGCUCUGCCAGAUUACAUUACUAAUCCCAAAACACCCCAGUCUGAUCUUUCCACUGUAGCCAUCUUCCAAUAAAUACAGUGCUAUUGUAUUUUAUUUUUUUAUUCAAUAAUUAGCUGAUUUAUGUUAAUGUCUAUCUUGUGUUUUGUGUUAAAUGCUUUCUUUAUGUGAAAUAUUUAAAAAUCCUGUAAAUAAACUCAUAUACAGAUGUU